AUGGCUAAAGGCAAGGGAAAACAGUCGACUGGGGCCAACAAUAUCCCCGUCAAAAACGACAAGACUACCAAGCCUGCGGCCGACGCUGCCCUGCCCCAAAUCGAAGAGAGCGCCUUUGCGGGUCUCCGCCAGAAGAUCGAGCAGAGGUUGAAGGACGGCGCCGACAAGCAGAAAUCGAAGAACAACAAGUCGAAGAACCCUCCUGCGAACAAUGCGAAGAACUCUACGAAGAGCGAUGCGAAGUCGAAGCCGAAUUCCGAGAAUAACGCCAAAGGCAAGAAGCGCGAUCGCAACGGCGAUGUAAUCGAGAACAAGGAGAGCGCGAAGCCGAAAUCAAAUAAGGUUGAUGGCGACGAUACCCUUCGGCAGGAAAUUCUGGCCCUCGGCGGUACCGAGGAAGAUUUUGAUAUGCUUGCCGGUGUUGAUUCGGAGUCUGAGGUCGAGGACGCAAAGCCUUCAAAGAGUUCGAAAGGGUCAGCCGAGGAUCUGAGAAAAGAGCUGUCGAGUAUUCUUGCGGCUGCCGGUCAGGUUGUUCCCGAGGAUCUUGCGGAUGAAGAGGUAGAAGAAGUCGAUGAGGAGAACGAAGAAGAGGAAGAGGAGGAUGACGAUGAGGAGGAUGAGGCCGAGUCAGCUGAAGAGCAGUCCAGCCCUGAAGGCGAAUCCUCAGAUGAGGCUCCUGAACCAGAAGUCAAGCAACCAGCGAAGAAAGUGGUCAAACAAACAGCACCGGAAGUCAUAUUCCCUAAAGAAUUUUCGAAACUCACUGUCGUGCCUCGGUCAGACUGGUACAUGACAAGCCUCCCUACCCUGUCAACCAAAGCAGACUCCGGACUCGCCCGCCACCUUCUCGACCGCGUGCACACUUAUGCUAUUUCUCUGCUCGAGAAAGAAAACAAGCUGUACGGAGAGGCUCAGCAGGCCUCGGCAUCCUCUUCAUACAAGUUCUACAGCACCAUCAUGACAACCGGUACCCUCAGUGACAAGAUCUCGGCUUUGACGCUGGCCGUACAAGAGUCGCCCUUGCACAACACCAAAUCAUUAGAAAACCUGGUCACGCUCGGAAAGAAACGUAGCCGUGCCCAGGCUGUCGAAGUCCUUCGCUCAUUGAAGGAUAUGUUUGCCCAGGGUACAUUGCUUCCAAGCGAUCGCCGGCUCCGUACCUUUGCGAACCAGCCAGCCCUGAUCGCGGCGUUCCAAGGGGAAGGAAGCAGAUGGUCCGAAGGUUCCCCCCUCCCCGGCGGUCUCAAGGAAGGCCACCUGAUUGUCUGGGCGUUUGAGCACUUCCUGAAAGAUCAGUACUUUGAAAUGCUAAAGAUUCUGGAGGUGUGGUGCAACGAUGAGAUUGAGUUCUCUCGUUCCCGAGCGGUCAGCUAUGUCUUUGAGCUGCUCAAGGAGAAGCCGGAGCAGGAGGCUAACUUGCUGCGCUUGCUCGUCAACAAGCUCGGUGACACAUCUAAGAAGAUUGCGUCACGAGCGUCCUACCUCCUCCUACAGCUUGAGCAAUCCCACCCGCUGAUGAAGCCCACCAUUAUUAAGGCGGUUGAGGAAGUCCUGUUCCGACCGGGUCAAAGUCAGCACGCCAAGUACUACUCCAUCAUUACUCUGAACCAGACCGUGCUGAGCGGAAAGGAGGAGGAAGUUGGCGUUCAAUUGCUUGACAUAUACUUCUCUCUCUUCGUUGCUUUGCUCAAGCCUAAAAAACAAUUCAAGUCCAAGGGGGAUAAGAAGCAUGGCAAGGGCAAGAAGCAGGGCGCCAAGGACAAGGACAACGCUGAGGCCCAGAAUGAGGAGAUGCAGGACAAGCUGGUGUCUGCGGUCCUGACCGGUGUCAACCGAGCUUAUCCAUUCACGAGCUCCAACACUGAGCGACUAUCCAAGCACAUUGAGACUCUCUUCCGCAUCACGCAUUCAUCGAACUUCAACACCAGCAUUCAAGCCCUGAUGCUGAUCCAACAGCUGACAUCGACUCAUGGAGUAUCCACCGACCGUUUCUACCGAACCCUCUACGAAUCCCUACUUGACCCUCGAGUUGCUACGUCUUCGAAGCAGUCUCUCUACCUCAACCUGCUAUUCAAGGCUCUCAAGAACGACGUGAAUGCCAAGCGAAUCAAGGCAUUUGUUAAGCGCAUUGUUCAGGUCCUGGGACUGCACCAGCCCGCUUUCAUCUGUGGUGUCUUCUAUCUGAUCCGCGAGUUGGAGAAGACUUUCACCAGCCUCCAGUCUCUCUACGACCAACCAGAGGACAACGAAAGCGAUGAGGAAGAGGUCUUCAGGGAUGUUCCCGAUGAAGACGAUGUUCAGGAGGAGCCGGCAGUUCCCGAGAAGCCCAAGCCAUCCAACGGCUACGACCCCCGCAAGAGAGAUCCAGAACACAGCAACGCCGACAAGGCUUGUCUCUGGGAGAUUCUACCCUACCUUUCACACUUCCACCCCUCCGUAUCAGUAAACGCAGCUCAUCUACUCGAGCACCAGCCGAUGAGCGGAAAGCCCGAUAUGACCCUGCACACACUGACACACUUCCUCGACCGCUUUGUCUACAGAACCCCCAAGGCGGCAGCUUCUACGCGUGGCUCUUCUCUUAUGCAACCUCUUGCUGGCAGCGAAGCCAAGGACAGACUGCUCACUGCUGGCCAGCACGGUCAGCAAGUGCCACUUAACUCAGAGGCCUUCUGGAAGAAGAAGGCCGAAGACGUCUCGGCAGAGGAUGCCUUCUUCCACGAGUACUUCAGCCGAGUCGGCAAGGACAAGGAGAAUGCCCAGAGGAGGAAGAAGGGCAAGGAUCCCGUCGAGCGGGAUGAAGAGGGCGAUGUCGACGAGGAGCUCAGCGACGAAGAAUCGGAGAUCUGGAAGGCGUUGGUUGACUCGAAGCCGGAUGUCGAAGGCCCCGGUGACAGCGACGAUGAUCUGGAUCUGGAUGACCUCGAGUCGGCUUACGAUAAAUCCGACGAGGAGGGUGAUGACGAUGAGGUCAUCUUCAACGAUGAGUCUGACGAAGAGAUGGAGGACGUUGAAGAGGAAGUCCCGGCCAAGACCAUGACAGCCAAGAAGGGCCGACCUUCCAAGGACGAGGAGGAAGAUGAAGAAGCCUUCGAUAUGGACGUCUCGGACGAAGAAGCCUUUGUCGACAGCGACGAGGACUUACCGUCCGAUGUCGACCUGGGCGGGGUGGAACUCCCCAAGGAAGACGACAAGAAAGACCGGAAGAAGAGGCGCAAGCUCAAGCACCUGCCGACAUUCGCGUCGGCGGACGACUAUGCGGCUCUGCUUGCUGGGGAGGACGAGGGGAUGUAA